AUGAAGUUCACCUCUGCCAUCCUCGCCCUUGCUGCCGCCGUCAUGGCAGCUCCCUACGACAACCCACCCCCACCCCCAUCCCAAGCCCCAGCUCCAGCUCCAGGCGCAGGCUCAGGCCAGUGCAACAACAACCAGCACCUCACCUGCUGCAGCAAAGUUUCAGAUUUCUUCUGCCAAAUUGAUUUUUUGGGCGUAUGCGCCGGAGGGUCUUACUGCUGCAAGGCCAGUCCCAAGGUAAGUUUUCGGAGCCGUCGUGUCUUCCCUUUUGGUCGAAUGGCAUUACUCAUCUGUGGAAUCCAGACCGGCAUUAGCAUCAUCAACAUCAACGCCGACUGCUUCAGACUUUUCUAA